AUGUUCGAUAGGUUUUAUAAUGUUUGGAUUUGUAGCAAUUUAAAUUUUUCAGUUUACAAGGUCUAUGAAGAAGCGAAGAGGUUAAACAGUCCAAAUUCCUCGUCGGAUCGAGAUACAUUAUCUCCCGAGAAGAAUAUCGAAUUAGGAGAUCAAGAUCCAAAUACCAAACCACCCUAUUCGUAUGCGGCUCUGAUCACCAUGGCUAUCAAAAGUUCUCCAGAGAAAAAACUCACUCUGAACGAAAUAUAUCAAUAUUUUACCAAAGAAUUUGCAUUUUUUCGAAACAAUAGAAAUAAAAAUUCUUGGAAGAACAGUAUCAGGCAUAAUCUCAGUUUGUAUCAAUGUUUCAAAAGGAUACCUCCUAACGGCAAGGGAAGUAAGAAGGGAGGGUUUUGGAUAAUCGAUCCCGAGGCUGAAGAUAUGUACGAAGAUAAUAAUUAUUUAAGACGUCGGAUAAGACGAAAACCGAAUCUCUCACAAGCGACUCUAACUACAUAUUUUCCAGAUGCUUAUAACCCAAUAUCUCUAAACCAUGGCACUUGUUUCGCUUCAAAUUAUAGUAAUUCGGCAGUUUCACCCAAUUGGUCCCUAUCUCAUGUUCAAUCGAUUGGAUAUGCUUCUUGUCAGAGAAUAACAGCAGGACAGGCCGCUUUAUAUUCUCCUUACGGACACACUCAGCCGCAAUGCGAUGCAGGAACACAAUCGUUGCAGUUAAGUGCCAUGAACGGGUACGCUUCCCAUAGUUUUAAUAACGGAACCACCAUUGGAUCCUUUCAUGGACAUUUCGCUUCUUAUCGAAAUCCUCCUUCCACAGAAGGAAUACAUCAAGUGCAUUAUUAUCCUUGGCAUGAAAAACAAAUUUCUCUGGAUGAUGAUUUGAAGAAAAGUUUGUUUUAUCAUAAAAUUGAAGAUUGUUUUAUAAAAGAACAGUGCGAAGCAAACAGAAUUUUCUAUGUCUAAUCAAAAGUAUUUAUUAUAAAGUAUCUGUCUUACAUAGCCCACAUACAAAAUUCUUUCUUCUUAAAAUUAAAAUAUGGUCAAAUAUUAUACCAUUUAGCUGUAUGAUGAGUGAAUAUUUUAUUUAAGAAAUGUAAAGUACGAAUAUUUUAGU